AUGCUGCUGUAUGCCACGUUUCGUUUCCACCGUUGGGGAGCCCUAGGAGGUGGCGCCUUGGCUAUGCCCGACUUCCCGCUGCUGUCCAAGGCGCUCCUAGAGACAGAAAAGGCCUUCAGUGGAGCCUUUUCAGCCGCAGCAGCGAUGAGCCCCCCACCGCCCCCAGGCCCCCAGCUCUUGACUAGGACUCAUUUGUGUGUCUCCCCAGGAGGAGCAGCGAACUCUACAGGCACUUUGAAACACGCGGCAGAACGUCCACCAUACUACAUCACGACAGCGAUUGCUUACACGAACGGCACACCGCACAUGGGCCACGCUUACGAAUACCUGGCCGCGGAUGCUUUGGCUCGCUAUCACCGUUUAGCCGGGUUUAAUGUAAAGUAUGUUACAGGGACGGACGAACAUGGAAUGAAGAUAGCUGAUGCGGCUGCAAAUGCCGGGGUGCCUACCCAGCAAUUCGUGGAUGCGCAUGCCGCGGAGUUUGUGGAGCUGCUGAGGAAGCUGAAUAGUAGCCACGAUCAGUUUGUCAGAACCUCGAGCGACGAGCACAAGGCCGUCUCCCAGUGGCUCUGGAAGGCCUGCAGGGACAAGGGAGACAUCUACUUAGGCACCUACUCGGGGUGGUACAACCGGAGGGAAGAGGCGUUCGUUUCGGAAAGAGACGCUAAAGCAACAGACUUUAAGGAUCCCGUUACCAACAAGCCCCUAGAACGAAUGCAAGAAGAGAGCUACUUUUUCAAAAUGGGCAGGUACCAGGAGCGGCUCAUUGAACACAUCAAGAGCCACCCUGGAUUCGUCGCCCCUGUUGAGAAGGAAAACGAGAUCCUUCGGCGGUUACAGGAGCCUCUCCACGAUUUGAGCUGCUCCCGUGCAUCCUUUACCUGGGGUGUCCCCGUUCCAGACGAUGAGAGACAUGUGAUGUACGUGUGGUUCGACGCCCUCACAAAUUACCUCACCGGCUUGAACCCGCUGGUAUCGGGGAGCCCCGAAUUCCGUUCCUUGUGGCCAGCGUCUCUUCACUUGAUCGGCAAAGACAUUAUUUGGUUUCACUGUGUGAUUUGGCCGUGCAUGCUCAUGUCUGCGGGCCUGCCGCUCCCAAAGCGCGUCUUCGCCCAUGGGUUUGUGCUGGGACCUGAGGGGGAGAAGAUGAGCAAGAGUUUGGGAAACGUUGUGCUUCCAGAAGACGCUUUGGCCGUCUGUCCUGCCGACAGCUUCCGGUUUUUCCUGCUUCGAGACGCCCGCUACGGCUGCGACAUGCGCUUCGACAUGAGUGCCAUGCGAGCGACACACAACAACGAACUGGCGAAUACUAUAGGCAACCUCCUGCAGCGGCUAGUUGGCCUCACUGCCAAAUUCUGUGGAGGAAAGGUGCCCCCGAGAAACUCCGCAGUGCCUCCCAGACAUCCCCCGUUCGACUUGGCGUUGCUCACCGCAGAGGUGGCCGACGCCUUUAGAGAAACGGCACUUAGGGAGGCCCUAGAGCUGCCUCUUCAGGCCGUGAGGGAUCUUAACAAAUUCCUCACAGACACAGCACCCUGGGCGUGCAAAGAUGAAGAAAGAAGACAGGAGGACAUCCGACUGUGCCUCGAGUGCCUGUACACCCUAGCCCACUUCUUGGAACCUUUCCUUCCAGAGGCUAUGUCCACUGUUUUCAAGCAAUUCAACACAAAACCAAAACUCAUACACGAGCUCUCCCCUUGGAUGGAAAAUCUAGCCCCCGGGACUCCCAUUGACCCCCCAGAGAAAGUCCUUUUCGAACCAAUACCCGAAGAGCCAGCAACAGACGAGCAGCAGCAGCAACAAUCCAAAAAGCAGCAUCAGAAGCAACAGCAGCAGAAGCAACGGAAGUAG